AUGCAUUUCGGCUCUCUUCUCGCGGUGCUGGCCCACGUCGCCGUCGUCGCCGGCUCGACGCUGACGCCUCCGGUGCUCCCGCUCCUCGUGCGCAACCCGUACCUCAGCUUCUGGCUGACGGGUGCGCGCGAGAAUCCGUGGGAGAAAUGGCCCAUCUUCUGGACCGGCAACAGCGUAGGCUUCUCCGUCUUGGCCUCCGUUCCCGACACCCACAACGUCUACCCGCUGCUGGGCCGGCCCCACGACUCGCUUUCUCGGUCGGACAAGCGCUUCACGGUCAAUUUCCCCGAGUACCUCGGCGCCACGUUUGACGCCUCGACCACCAACCUGACGUACCUUGUGCCGGGCCCUGCUGAGGACAAGCUCAAGGUCACUCUCUCGUUUCUGUCGCCCAUUACGCCCACGUCGACCUUCCGCCAGUCCAUCCCGGCAGCCUAUCUCAACGUGGUUGUCGAGGGCAGCUUCGACAUCGACAUCUACCUCGACGUCAACGGCGAGUGGGUCAGCGGCAACCGCGACAACCAGAUCCAGUGGGGCAUCAAAGAGGCCAAGCACAAGGCCAAGGCCGACAAGGGCUUCUUUGGUGACGCCCGCAGGAGCAGCAAUCCCAUCAAGACGUGGACCGUGUCCCGCGUCGAGCAGGAGCUGUUCACCGAGUUUGCCGACCGCGCCGAGUGGGGCACGCUGUACUUCUCGGCGCCCGAGUCCGUCAAGCACGAGAGCGGCGUGUCCGCACAGAUCCGCACCAAGUUUGCACGCACGGGCGCGCUGGGCAACGCCAACGACGGCCCCUUUCGCCGCAUCAUGGAGCGGGAGCCCAUCUUUGCGUUUUCCAAGUCGUUCCACCUGGGCGGCAAGAGCAAGACCGACAAGGGCAACGUGUCGGACGAAAGCGCGCUCUUUACGUUUGCGCUGAUCCAGGAUCCGGUGGUCCAGUAUGCGUCGGCCCGUGGCCUCACCUUCAUGCGCCCGCUCUGGGCCAGCUACAUCCCCGAAACCGACGACCUGAUCCAGUACCAUUACGACGACUUUGCUGCGGCCACGAAGCUGGCGCGCACGUACUCGGAGCAGCUGUCCAAGGAUGCCUUUGCGUCCGGGUCCCAGGAGUACGAGGAGAUUGCGUCGCUGUCGGCGCGCCAGGUGCUCGGCGCCACCGAGUUUUCCGGCACGCCCGACAACCCGCUGCUGUUCCUCAAGGAAAUCUCGUCCAACGGCAACUGCCAGACCGUCGACGUGAUUUUCCCCGCGUUCCCCUUCUUCCUGUACACCAACCCACGCUGGCUGGCGUACCUGCUGGAGCCGCUCCUGGAGCACCAGUUGAGCGGCCAGUACCCCAACGACUACAGCAUGCACGAUCUCGGCUACCACUUCCCCAACCAGACCGGCCACGGCGACGGCAACGACGAGUAUAUGCCCGUCGAGGAGUGUGGCAACAUGCUCAUCAUGGGCCUGGCGCUCGUCAACGCGUUCAGGUACGACACCACACCGGCAUUCAACACACCCGAGGCCUCCAUCGGGAACGAGGUCACGGCUGCGACCCGGCUCCACCUGACCGACGAGCAGAUGCGCUACAUGGACGUGCACGGCAUCGACCAGCCGUGGGGCGGUGUCUCGACCUCGACGUCGGCCUCGGCGACGACGACAGGCGCAAGAGAGGCCAAGGAGUGGGUCGCCCGGUCGUACAAGCUCUGGAAGCAGUGGACCGGGUACCUGGUGCGUGAGUCGCUGAUCCCGCGCUGGCAGCUGUCGACGGACGACUUUGCGGGCUGGCUGGCCUACCAGACGAACCUGGCACUCAAGGGCAUCAUCGGCAUCCGCGCCAUGAGCGAGAUUGCUGCCGUGCUGGGUGAGAAGAAGGACGCCGCGCACUACCGCGACAUCGCGGAGGAGUACAUGGCCAAGUGGCAGGAGUUUGGCAUCUCGCGCGACGGCACGCAUGCCAAGCUCGCGUACGACUGGUACGGCUCGUGGACGACACUCUACAACCUGUACGCGGACUCGCUCCUCUGCUUCCACAUUCCGUCGGACGCCAAGGCGGAGGCGGCCGCCGUCUUUGACACGACGGGCCAGACGCCUCUGGCCGACGCCGAGUCUGACUCGUCCGUCUUUAUCCCGGACAAGAUCUACAAGAUGCAGAGCGACUGGUAUCACAACGUCCUGCAGCGCUUCGGCCUGCCCCUUGACAGCCGCCACCUCUACACCAAGAGCGACUGGGAGUUCUUUGCCGCUGCCAUCACCAGCAAGUCCACCCGCGCGGAGAUCCUGACCAGUGUCGCGCACUGGGUCAACAAGACCGAUACGACCGAGCCCUUCACCGACCUCUACGAGACCGAGGGCAACGGCGGCUAUCCGGGCGGUCUCAUGUUCCGCGCCCGCCCCGUCGUUGGCGGCCACUUUGCCUUUUUGGCUCUGGAGCGCGCGUGCGGCGGCAAGGCCGUCGAGGCGCUGGCGUUCCUAGACGAUGGGCUGCCUCCGGCCGAGCUGGACGUGCACGCCGUGCUCGAUGCUGACCGGUCGCCGUUUAUGGCGGGCGCCGGUGGCACAACCCACCGGCCUUCACCGCAGAUGGGCGAGUUGUAA